AUGGAGGGGGGUGUAACUCAACAAAGGAACCCCUCAAAAACCCUAGAUCAAUCAAAUCCACCACCGUCUCUUUCUAGGGUUUUUUUGGGGUUUGAAAUGGGAAGCAGAAAGCAAGAAGAGAAGAUUGAGAAGAUUAUUAGGGGGCUUAUGAAGCUUCCGCCGAAUCGAAGAUGUAUCAACUGUAAUAGUUUGGGACCUCAGUAUGCAUGUACAACUUUUUGGACCUUUGUUUGCAUAACUUGCAGUGGAAUACAUCGUGAGUUUACUCAUCGUGUGAAGUCAGUGUCAAUGUCAAAGUUCACUUUGCAAGAAGUUGAUGCUCUUCAAAAUGGCGGUAAUCAGCGUGCAAGGGAAAUAUAUUUGAAAAAUUGGGACUUCCAAAAACAACGGUGGCCAGAUAGCAGCAACGUUGAUAAAGUAAGGGAGUUCAUAAGGAAUGUAUAUGUGGAUAAACGAUAUGCUGGAACAAAGUCAUCUGAAAAGCCUCCAAGAGAUGCACAGAGCCCCACAAUUCAUGACGACGAGAUUAGACGUGCCAGUUCUUAUCAUUCAUAUUCACAAAGUCCUCCAUAUGAUAAUCAAUAUGAGGAUCGGCGCUAUGGAAAGCAAGCAGGGGCUCUGACGAGAAAGCCUGGUUCAGAUAAAGUCCGUUAUGAAGGGAAGAUGUCUAGUAUUAUCUAUAGUCCGGGUCGUUUCAGUGAUCACACAUAUGAUGAAAGGUUUGCAAAUGAGGGAUCUGGUCCACGAAAUUCCGACUUUUCCGUGUCUAGUGGUCAUGAGCAAUUCAAAACCGAUGUUCAGUCUCCUCAGUUUCAUAAGGACAUUGAGUUUAACAGCCCAUCUCAUAGGCGUCCUGGUUCUAGUUCAAGCGAAGAUGUGUGGUCUCAAGCAAAAAAGGCAGCUCUUGAAUCUAAUGCUUCUCCCAAGAGAGAUGCAGAUGGAAUUCGUCAUCCGCAGAGAACUACAUCAUUGCAACCAACAGACAACAACUUUUCAAACUUAAGAUCUUACAAUUCUGGCAGUUCAAUUGAUUUUUUCUCGGAAGCUGUCCAAUCUUCAGGGUCCCUUCAAGAUAAAGCAUCAGGAAUUUCACUGCCAUCUGGUCCUGCAAGAUCUGUUAGCUUAGAUCUUUCCAAGGCGCCAGUGGCAUCAGCUUCACCUGUUGUUCUUUCUCAAACAGCUGCACCAUCUCAAGCUCCAUUGGGAGAUCUAUUUCAAUUAUCUGAUACGGCAGCAGUUACAUCUUUCAAGGAAAAUCAACCUACACAAAUAUCCCAAGUCGCAUCCAUUGAUUUCUUUGUGGAGGCUACUACAACAUCUGAUGCAAAAUCAGGAGAGAUAUCCAUCCCUAAAAAUGAAGGGUGGGCAACAUUUGAUACGCCUCAGUUCACAUCUGCACAAGUGGAAACUCAUGCAGCAGUACCUUUAAGUGCUGAACCUUUGCAGGAUAGAUUUGAUCCAUUUUCAACCUUGAAUGAUAAUAUGCAAUGGCCAUCUUUUGAAAUUUCUAGUGUUGGUGUACCUCCUGUUGCAUCUGAUGUAUGGCAUGACGGUGUAUGGAAUAAAGAAAAACAAGUUCCUGUUGUGGCUACAGACACUCAAUCAUGGAAUGCAUUUGAAGAUUCUGGUACACAUUUUCCUGUGGAUGGCAGUAGUCAAGGAUUAAAUUUGCACUAUUUUCCAUCAGAGAUUUCUGGUUUAAGUGCUCCUGAGGGGCCCAAUAAAGAUGCAAUCCAAGGUGUUGCUCCUAUUGGAGGUUUUGAUAAUCAUGUAAUCCCAUCACACGGAGAUACUCAACCUAAUGGAAUCAGUCGUAAAUCAACUAAUCCAUUUGAUUUUCCCUUUAAUUCUGAUGUAGAGCAGAGCAAUAUGUUCCUUGAUAUGGGCUCUCUGCAAGCUGCUCUUCCAGAUGCCCUCUUACCAGCCGCAUUUGGUGGUAUCCCUGAACCCUGGCUCCCUCAAAAUACAAUGACACCAUAUAUUUCUUCUGCAGGUGAAGGUGGUUUAUCAUUCAUGGCCGUGCAAACACCAAGUUCUCACUUACAGAACAUCCAAGUACAAGAACCAGUUGCUUCGAUUGGCGGAAAUCCUUUUGCAUAG